AACACUGGGAUCAUAUGAUUGUUCAAUGAAGGUGCACGUCUGAUAGGCGUCGUCUUACUUCUUCAAGCCAGUUUUUAAUUUUCUGGCUCAAUAUCGGUUGUUUUACGUGUUAGUGGUGUUAAAUUAUAACUAUCAGCCAUGGCGCUCAGCGAUGCAGAUGUUCAAAAACAGAUCAAGCAAAUGAUGGGCUUCAUCGAGCAAGAAGCCAACGAAAAAGUCGAAGAAAUCGACGCAAAGGCUGAAGAAGAGUUCAAUAUUGAAAAGGGUCGUUUGGUCCAACAGCAACGUCUCAAGAUCAUGGAGUUCUAUGAAAAGAAAGAGAAACAAGUUGAACUCCAGAAAAAGAUUCAAUCAUCGAACAUGCUGAACCAAGCUCGUCUAAAGGUGCUGAAAGUACGUGAAGACCAUGUACGCAAUGUACUGGAUGAAGCACGCAAGCGCCUGGCUGAGGUGCCCAAGGACACCAAACUGUAUUCAGAUCUGCUUGUUACACUCAUUGUACAAGCUCUGUUCCAGUUGGUGGAGCCUGCAGUGACUAUCCGAGUCCGACAGGCAGACAAGAGUUUAGUAGAGUCACUGCUUGGCCGUGCCCAACAAGACUAUAAGGCUAAGAUUAAGAAGGAUGUUCAGCUCAAAGUGGAUACUGAAGCUUACCUGCCAGCAGACACCUGCGGUGGUAUCGAGCUUAUCGCCGCCAGAGGACGUAUUAAGAUCAGCAACACCCUGGAGUCACGCCUGGAGUUGAUAGCCCAGCAGCUGUUGCCCGAAAUACGUACCGCCCUGUUCGGACGUAACCCUAACCGUAAAUUCGCCGAUUAAGCGUAUAGCGGUGACUUUAUACACACACUUGUUAUUACUAACAAUUAUUUAAAAUCGUAAUAUCUAGUGUUACAAUAAUAUUAUAAUUAGUGUUUUCCUUUUGCCUAAUUAAUUAUAUUAUAAUAAUGCGUACAAUUUUAUCGCUGUUUAGAAUGUAUACUGCUGAAUGGUCCCGUUAAGUCGCCAGAAAAUGUAUAAUUAUGUGUGAUCAUGUUUCUGAUUUCUGGUGUCAGUGUGUAUAUUCAAUUUUAUAUUAAUAUUACCCUUUACUCUAACUGUACGAGAAGUUUCGCCGGCUAAAACUAACUAAAUGAUAUUUUAUUAUUACAAUUCAUUCACUUAACACGCUGUAAUAUCUAUUUAGAGGACGUAGUUUAUAGGAUUUCGAAAAGAUUUAAUUAAGACAAUGUUACCAUUUUACUAGGUAAUGAAAUAGAUAUUGGAUAAUUGAUACUGAUAAGAGUUAAUACGUCAUCCCAGCUUCGUUCGACUCGCAGUAUUGUAGCACAAACCACAACGGCACUAUGUAAUGGUUGAUGAAAUAUAUCUGUAUGUUAAAAUGUUUAAUGUAAUACCCACCCUCCUGUUAUAAAUGUUGUUAUUAAAUUUCAUUUGCGCUUCAUGUUAUUCGCUAUAAGGAAUCAUUGGAGGCUGCAAGGUUCUGGGGUGAUGGCAGCAUCCCAUGCUGUUUUCACUUAAAUCGAAACAAAGAUUUGACUGAACGCAGUGUGGUAUCACAUUAGAACCUUCCAGUUGACAAGAUAUUCCUUUUUGUUCCAACAAUCCUGGCAAUGUAAUAUUUAGAUUUGUUUUUUCAGGAGCACCAUAGCUCUUAAAUAGGAUAUUAAUAUAAUUCGCAUAUGGCACUGUUCAAAUUCUUAUGUACAUAAAUAUAUAGAUGUGUUAAA